GAUCCUCGUCUUUGUUUGUUUGCGUCAAUCGACGGUGGUGAUAAGUCGACUUUUGACAUACUUGAUAUUCCUUUCAAGAAUCGAAUUGAUCAACAUGCUAAAAUAUACACUCGUGACUCUACUGGUGAUUUUGGCGUUGCUGCUGCAGCAGCCCAAUACCGUCAGCGCCGGACCGGCGGCUUACGGCGCGUGUCAAGCUGGCUGCGCUGCCGUGGUCGUCGCCUGUUACGCCGCAGCCGGUGCCACAUUCGGGAUGGUAGCUGCCGUCGCCGCUCCUCCGGCCGUCGUAGCUUGUAACACAGCUUUCGGGACCUGCUCGGCAAUGUGCGCCAAACUUUUACUUGUUCCUAUCCUGCCGUAAAUUCUUAUUGGUUUCUUUUUUUAUUGAUUUUGCGUCGUUACGUUGACUGUAUCAGAGAGUAACGUUAAGUAAUUAACA